AUGCUCUCUUCCCGUUAUUUAGCUAUUCUUUUUAUCGCCCUUCUGGGUUUAAAUAUCGUCAAAUCUUCAGAUGACUGGGAAGAUCAUUCUUUACCAUCUCCACCAUGUUUACCUCCUAUGAGAGAAUGCGAUCGUCUUACGGAAAGUGGUCCGAAGUGUUAUCCAGAGCAAUGGUAUUGUGACGGGUAUCCCGAUUGUCAAGAUGGUUCAGAUGAACCUUCCACGUGUAGAAGACCGUGCCUUCAAAGCGAGUUUGUAUGCAAAACGGGCAGAUGUCUUCCUCCUGGAUAUUUGUGUGAUGGACAGCCUGAUUGUGGACGUUUUCCAAGUGGAGAAAAAGAUCUUUCCGAUGAAGCUCCCGAAAUGUGCAACCAACCUUUGCAUUGCGAGCAGAACGAGUAUGCAUGCUUGAAAUCUGCUCAAUGUGUGCCGCUUUUUAAGUUUUGUGACGGCAAACUUGAUUGUUCUGAUGGCUCGGAUGAACAUGCAAUGUGUCACGUGGAAGAUCCAACUACAGCUGACAAAUGCGAGUAUGGAGCAGCAAUGACAAUGGAUGGAAUCAAAUGUUAUUGUCCAGGAAACAAGAUUCUGAAUGAAAAAGGAAAAUGCGAGUUUCUUGAUUACUGUGCAAAAGUUAAAAAUGGUCUUCCACCAGUUUGUAGUCAAGGGUGCACUGAUCAUAAGAAUGGAACAUUUUCCUGUUCUUGCUUCGAUCCCAGGCUCUCCCUGGUAAAUGGAACUCAUUGUGUCGAAAAUGUAAAAGCAUCGACUCCGACGAUUGCUAUUCUCACCAAGCUCAAACUUUACGUCAUACAAAACAACUCAAGAAGAAAUUAUACAAGCAUGCCACGCCCACUUGGAAAACCUGGAGCUAUCACUCUUGUUACCCAACAUCCGGACUUUCCUGAAGCAACUGUUCCAGUUAUCUGUCUAACCGAGCAUCCAACUUCCAAUGACAGUUAUAUCACUUGCGGAAAUGCUGAAGGAUCUGAACCUGCAACUAAAUCAUAUGCCAUUGAUUUUGAACUGACCGCCAUUCGUUUGCUUCGAUUUGACAACUUUGGAAAUAACUGGAUUUUCUCGGAUGGUUCCUAUUACAUCUUCAUCUGUAAGCAUGAUUCUGUUCGAAUUUCGAAAUGUCACACAUUCGUUGCUGGAGGAAUGGGAACUCUUCAAGAUCUCAAGUAUGAUGGAUUGAAUGGUCAACUCUUCAUCACGGACAGCGACUAUUUCCAACAAGGAAUCUGGAGAAUCGACGUUUCCUCGGGAAAAAGAUAUCGACUGACAACUCAGCCAAUAACUGCUCCUGCAUUGGCUGUUGAUCCAUUUACGGAAACACUUUAUUACGUGGAUAAUACUGCUAAUUCAAUCAAAGCAAUCGAUUACAACUCCAAUUAUUCGAGAAUUGUUGUUUCCGGGAGAAUAGCUAAAAAGAUCAAAAAAAUGGAUUAUGCUGAAGGAAAACUGAUAAUCACUUUGAAAGACUAUCGUGUUUUUGUUGCAAAUUCUCUGGAAAAAGAUUCUGAUUCUAUGUUGAAGACGUGGAAAGAGAUUACCCCGCCAAAUAACGGAGGACCCAACACAAUUCUUGUCGAUGUAACUCAUUUCCGAAAAAAUGAACACGCUUGGAAGAACAAAGGGAAGAAUAUUUGUAAAGCAGCAUCUUGUGAUGACAUCUGUAUUGGACACAUCGAGAAGAAAUUCUCAUGCAUUUGUAGAGAUGGAUUGAUUCAAAAAGAAAACAAAUGUCAAGUAAUAAAUGGAAAAGAUUUGAAAGACAAAGAGCUACUGGUGCUUGCUCAGUUGAGACCCGCGAGAGUAAAAGUUCUUGGUUUCAAUUCAAACUACACUACUGAAAAUGUUGGAUUUCCUGACAUUCUUCCUGUCAAACGACCAAGUGCAAUCACUUUUGAUCCAAAAGGACAACGAAUACUGAUGUUUGACUUGAAGAGACGUUCACUAGUUAUUCAGAAGAUGGAUCAAUCAAAUGCCACGUAUCACGGAUUGACUGGAGUUAUGAAUUGUGAAGGAAUGGCUUAUGAUCAUACUUCAGAUAAUCUCUAUAUGACUGAUCAAAAACGAAAAUUGAUUACAGUACAGAGAUUAUCGAAUCUCUCGAUACAAAAGAUUGUUGUGAGUGGAAAUAUGAGUAAUCCCAGAGCAAUUGCAAUUCAUAUUGCAAAAAGUUAUCUGUUUUGGGGAAGUUGGAGCGAAGAAAAUGCUGACGAUGAGAGUAUUCCUGCAAUGAUUGAAAGAUCGAAACUUGAUGGAACCGAACGAAAAACAUUGGUUUCAAAGAAUGCAAUGUGGAUUAAUGGAUUGGCUCUUGAUCUGAAAAAUGACUUUUUGUAUUGGUGUGAUGCUUAUCGAAAUGUGAUUGAAAGAAUCCGGUGGAACGGAUCUGAUCGAGAAAUUCUUAUUCAAGGCGUGGACAAGAUAUCUCACCCAUAUGGUCUUGCUUUCUUUGACAAUCACAUCUUCUUCACUGAAUUCAAACGAGGAGCUGUCAAACGAGUUCACGUUGAUUUUCCUGAAGAAGUUCAAGAGAUUUUCCAACAUUCUGCCACUGUUUUUGAGCUCGCAGUAUUCAAAAAUUCUCCUCCAAACACCACAUCACCGUGCUCAACUUCUUCAAACAAUUGUGAACACUUCUGUUUUGCGAGUUCUUGUAAAGGAACAGUAGGAUGUGAACCAGUGAAAUGUGGAUGUGCAGAUGGAAUGAAGUUGAUUUUCAAUGGAAAAUGUGUGAGGGACGAGAAAUGGAUUGAUCCGAGCGCAUGUGAAGAUGAAACAGAAUUCACUUGUUUGCAUAGCAAAAAAUGUAUUUCGAGACAGAAUAUAUGCGAUGGAGAUGAUGAUUGUGGAGAUGGAAGUGAUGAAGAUCCGAAUGCAGUUUGCAAAGACUUCAAGUGUGUUGGACACCGAUUCCAAUGUGAUGGAAUAAAUUGUAUUCCACCGUCAUUUUUGUGUGACGGGAAGACCGACUGUGCUGAUGGAACAGACGAAUUGGAUCAUCUGUGUAAGAAAGCUGUAAAACAAGAAUGCACUGCAGAUCAAUUCCGUUGUUCGAAGACCAAAUGUAUCGAUUUACUCAAAAAGUGCAAUGGAGUCAAAGACUGUGACAAUGGGUCAGAUGAGGAAAAUUGUCAACAAAAAAAUCUGUGCGGCCCGGAAGAAUUUAGAUGUGGAACUGGAAUUUGUAUACCACAAUUAAAAGUAUGUGAUGGAGUUUCACACUGUUUGGAUGGAUUGGAUGAGAGGAAUUGUGACGAAGAAAAGUGUAUAAAAGGAAGAGAAUUUCGUUGUUCAAAUGGAAAAUCCCCAUGUUUGGAUGCGAUUUUCCAGUGUGAUGGAGUGGCUGAUUGUGAGGAUGAAAGUGACGAAUCACCUGAAUUCUGCAAAGGAAACACUUCUUCAACGUGCUCAAAAAUGAAUCAAUUCAUGUGUGCCGAUGGAAAAUGUUUAAGAAGUUUCCAACUCUGUGAUGGGUUUCCGGAUUGUUUGACUGGAGAAGAUGAGAAGGAAUGUCCUGCGUCGAUGUGUAACAGUACAACACAUAUAAGCUGCAAAAACGGAAACAAAUGUAUUUCGAAGCAGUUGGCAUGCGAUGGAGUCGAUGAUUGUGGUGAUAAAACAGAUGAACUCAACUGUAAAAACAUUCGAUUGGAUGCAGCCAAUCUUCGUUGCAAAGCUCCAAUGUACAAAUGUGACAGCGAGCAGUUCGAAUGUAUAUCUGACAAAAAGCUAUGCGACGGAAAAAAUGAUUGUCCAGGAGGAGAUGACGAAGGAAUCUGGUGUUCUUUCAAGUGCAACGCCACCAAUGAACUAGGAUGUUCUCAUACUUGCCGUGCUACUCCAUCUGGUCCAAUAUGUUCUUGUCCAGACGAACAUUAUCUUGAUAAAGACGGUGUAACGUGCUCUAAGAAAGACCCAUGUAGAUUUGGACAAUGUUCGCAACACUGUAUUCCACAUGGAUCUCGUCAUUUAUGUUACUGUGAAGAUGGAUUCAAACUUUCGGAUGAUGGAUUCUCCUGCGUUUCGGAUGACCCACAGAAACCAUAUUUGAUUUAUUCAAAUCGUCAUGAAAUUCGGAUGAUUCAAUCGAAAUAUCCAGGAAGUUCUCCGAUGAUUUCAAGCCUUGUGAAUGCGAUUGCUUUGGACUUCAAGUAUAAUAAAAAUGGAUCAGUUUCAAUAUAUUGGACGGACUUAUCCUCUGAUAAAAUAUACGCGGGAUUAGUGGACCAGCGAACAAUUUUAUACCAACGAACAAUUGUUUCUUAUGGAGUUUAUAAUGCAGAAGGCAUUGCAAUCGAUUGGAUAACUGGAAACAUUUAUUGGAUUGAUAGUUAUCUAGAUACAAUUCAAGUCAUAUCGGAAGAUGGAUCCAAAAGAGGAACAGUUGUAAAUGAGAAUAUGGGAAAUGCACGGUCUCUGGCAAUUGAUGUUGAAGAAGGUUUAAUGUUCUGGACUGAUUGGGAAGAAGCGAACCCUAGAAUUGAAAGAUGUUCUCUUGCUGGAAAGGAUAGAGCAGUUGUCUGGAAGAUAUCAAAUGUUGCUCAAGCUGGAUGGCCGAAUGGAAUCGCAUUGGAUACAAUCUCAAAGAGAGUUUAUUGGGUUGAUGCAAAAUCAGACUCAAUUCAUACAAUAACAUAUGAUGGAAGAGAUCAUAUAAUUGUAUUCAGAGAUCCAGAGAGACUUGGGCACUGUUUUGGAAUCGAUGUUUAUGAAGGACACGUUUAUUUUUCUGAUUGGAGAACGAAUACAAUAAAUAAAGUUGAUAAAUGGGUUGGAGGAAAUGUGUCAAUUAUUGAAAGAGUUUCAACUCAGCCAUUUUCACUGAAGAUUGUACACCGCUCGAAGCAGAAACAACAACUGAAAAACAUGUGUAAUGGAUUCGAAUGCAAUGGAAUCUGUUUGAAUAAUGGAAAGAAUAAAGCAAGUUGCCAGUGUACAAACAUGCAAUCAACAACUGAUGAUGGAUGUGUUGAUAUCCAACAAACUCUUCUCAUUUCUACUAAAAACGGAGUACGUGGCUAUUCGACGAUUCCUCCGCAUCCACAUGCGUUCCCUCUCGUCUCUGGAAAACAAUUUGAGAACAUUCGAGCAGUUGGAAGUUUCAACAAUCGUCUUCAAAUCCUAGAUGAUAUGUCAACUCACGUGUCACUUGUCAAUCUAACUGGAGAAGCAGAUGACCAGAUUCUAGCUGUUGGAAGUGAUCUAUAUGGAGUUAGUGGAAUGGCAAUUGACCCCGUUCUUGGAAAUACUUACAUGACAAUGUCGACUGAUGGAAUCGGGAGAAUUGAAGUUAUCAGUGCGGAUGGAAAAUCAAAGAAAGUGUUGAUCGAUUCGAAUAGUUUGAGUGGAAUGAGACUUCCACGAGAUAUUCUUUUCAUGAAUUCAACAAAGAGACUGUAUUGGUUUGAUUCUGGAACAAGUCCCCUCACUAUUUUCACAAUGUCCGUCAAUGGAAAUGAUGCGAAGAAGCUUAAAGUCAAUUCCACAUUGCUCACGAAAGUAUAUAAUCCUUCUGUAGACCAAUUCAAUUCUCAGAUCUACUGGAUAUCUCAAGGAAAAAUAGUUCAAUUCAAUCCAGCAAACGAAGAAAUUCAAGAGAUCGAAGUGCCCGGAGGAGAUAAAAAUGUCAGUUCAAUUGCUGUUGAUCCAUCAAAUGGAGAUAUUCUGAUCGGAGAAUUUGUUCGAAUUGCAAAUCAAACAACGAUCAGGCGAUUGGGAAUAAAGGGGAUAAAAACAACGCAACGAGGAAGUGUAAUGCUUGUUCCACUUCAUAGUUCUGUUCAGUUCUUCUUGUCAAUUGUUGAUACUUCACCAGUGAUCAAAAGAGUUCCAGAUGACUGCAAAAAGUGUGAAUCCCUUUGUCUGAGUCUACCAAGCAAUCAAUACGAAUGCUCCUGUCCUCAAGGCUUUUUCAUGGAAAACGGAAAAUGUCGGACUGCUGAAAAGCGAGUCUUCUGUGUCACCGAUGAUGGAUCAGUUCAUUCUGUUGGAUGGUAUAAAGAUCAGAAAGCAAAGGAGAUGAGUCAGAAGAUUCGAGCUCACAGUUUGCACAGUGAUGUGGCAAAGAAAAGGAUUGUCCGAGUUGUAGCUGAUUCCAAAAAAGAUGUGAUUUACGUUGUGACUCGACAGAAUGAGGUAUGGAAGUGUGCUACAAAUGGUUCCUUUGCUCACAUGGUUUAUUCUACGAGUUCUCAUCGGAUAGCUGCAAUUACAAUUGAUAGAGGAACUGGAUAUCUACUUGUUUCCGCAAGAGAAUCAGUCUCAGCUAGAGGAAUUAUUGUUUUGAUAGAUCCAGAGCGUUACGAGGAAGGAAUGUAUUCAACCAUUGUGGAAGAUGAAGAGAAAGUUCCUUAUGAGAUUUCAGUUGAUCCUCCCAAAGGAAAACUUUUCUGGGCAAGUGCUCAUUGUAUCAAAUCAUCAAACUACGAUGGAACGGAAGUCAAAUGUAUUGUACCAAAGUCUUCGAUUGCAACAAUCGCAGUGGAUGAACAACGUUCUCGUCUCUGUUAUAUGGAUUCAGAAAGAGCUGCAGUCGAUUGUGUCGACUACGAUGGAGAAAAUGAGCAGAGAAAUGUGGCAAUGUUCAAAGCACAAGGACUCGCUGAAGUUGUCAGUUUAUCAUUCAAUGGAGACGAAAUGUUCUUCUUCGACAAGUUCAAUUCUUCUGGAAGUAUUGUAAGAGGAUUAGUUCAAAAAGAUGGAACUGUGGUUCUAGUUGAUUCAAUCAAGAAACGAUUGCCACGACAGAAGCUGAGAGUCAUUGAUUUCGAUUUGAUGGAUACGACAAACUCGAUUCUUUACACCGCGUGCUCUAACAAUAAUGGAGGAUGUGAACAUCUUUGUAUCACUACACCAACCGACGCGAUAGUCAAAAAAGAAUGUAUUUGUGUUCAUUCGAUCACUCAAGAAGAUGGAACUUGCGGUGAAACAUAUUCAUUUAUAGCUUUUACUCGUUUCACUUCAAUUGAAUUUCUGUCGCCAACUCCUGGUCAUUUGUCUGCUCCACAUGAACAAAUCACAUCAAAUCGUUGUGUCAUGUCGAAGAUAGGAGCAAUCGCUGCUGAUAUUUCAAGGAGAAGAAUCUACUUCGCUGACUACGAUAAAUUCAGAAUCUCUGCAGUAAACUACGACGGAACUCAAUGCGUUGUGAUUGCAGAGGAUGUUGGGGUUGUUCCAAGUAUGGCAUAUGACGAAGUGAAUCGAGAACUGUAUUAUGUGAGAGCUAAUCCGGCAAGUAUUUGGAGAAUCGAUGUAUCUGAUAACGAUCUUGAAAGUUAUCCAAAGGAGCCACGUGUCGUUUUGACUCUGACAAUCAGAGAUCGUCCUCGCCAUAUUGCAAUUAAUCCAUGUCGAAUGCUUCUAUUUUUCACAAAUAAUGCAGUCACUGGAUCAGUUAUUGAGCGGGUAUUUUUCAGCGGGUUCAAAAGAGAACAAAUCGUUCAAGAAGAUCUCCAUGACUUACGAGGAUUGACGAUUGAUCUUGAUUCAGAGAAAUUGUACUUUUCGGAUUCCAAAGAUUUCAAAAUUUCUCGCUGCGAUUAUGAUGGAUCUCAUAGAGAGAUCGUUGUUUCCAAUUCCGACAUUCCAUCAAUUCAUCCAUUCGAACUUGCUGUCUAUCAGGAUGAAAUUAUUUUCACUGAUUGGGUCAGGCGAUCAGUGGUUGGAAUCAAUAAGAUUUCAGGAGUUGAGAAUCGAACAUUGAACCGCGCCACAGAAGUUCCAGUUGGUUUAGUUGUUGUUGAUAUGGAAAAAGAAUUUUGCACCAAAAAUCCAUGUUUCGAAAACGAAUUGAAAUGCGAGGAUUACUGUAGAUUGAUGGCUGAUGGACAAGCAACAUGUGCUUGUAACGGAGAACGACGGUUGAAUCCGGAUAAUAGGACAUGCACUGGAAAUAUUGACGACAAGAAGUGCGCAGAGAAUGAAUUCAAAUGUUUACACUCUGACCUGUGUAUUCGGUAUGAAGAUACAUGUGAUCAAUUCAAUGAUUGUCCGAUGUUCGAUGAUGAAGAUGCUAAAUAUUGCUCGACUCGUGUAUGCCGUCCUGGAUAUUUUAACUGCGGAAAUGGUCUCUGCAUUCCUGAACAAAAAUUAUGCAACCGUGUCAAUGAUUGCACAAAUUUUGCGGAUGAAGCGAACUGCACUUGCAGUGGAAAUGAAUUCAGGUGUACUUCUGGGACAUGUAUUCCACGAACUGCUAGAUGUAAUCAUGUCCAGGACUGUAACGAUGCAAGUGACGAAAUUGGAUGCCCAUUCAGAAACUGCUCAGUUCUUAAUGAAUUCGGAUUGACAGGGUUAAUCAACUGUCAAACUACAUCUCAAUGUAUUCAUCCUUCAUGGAAAUGUGAUGGAACAAAUGAUUGCUAUGAUGGAUCAGAUGAAACCGAUUGUCUCGUUGAUUUCGAUUUCAAUAAAGGAAGUGUUUCACCUCCGAGAAGUUGUGAUUCUGAAACUCAAUUCGCUUGUUUGGCGACUCGAAACUGUAUGCCAAAGCGAUGGAGAUGUGAUGGACAACCGGAUUGUGCUGAUGGAUCAGAUGAGAAAGAUUGUGAAGAGAAAGCGUGUAACUCGUUUGAAUUCACUUGUGGAUUUUCGAAAAAAUGUAUUCCACUUGAACAGAAAUGUGACGGACGAAGUGAUUGUCCGAACGGUGAAGAUGAGAACUCUUGUGAAACGGAAUGUGAUUCAAAAGAUGCAAAUUCAACAUUCAGAUGCACAAACCACAGAUGUAUUCCAAUGGCUUGGAGAUGUGAUGGAACUGAUGAUUGUCUGGAUAAUGCAAAGUCCCUUGGAUCAGAUGAGAUUGAUUGUGCACCUGGAAAGACUUCAUAUCACGUUCCAUCAAGAUGUACCGAUGAGACAUGUGUUGUUGCUUGUGAGUUGACGGCAGUUGUUUGUGAUGGAAUCAGGGAUUGUCAAGAUGGAUUCGAUGAAGAGAACUGUGCUUCUUUGGAUAGACAGUGCAAAAAGAAUGAGUGGAUGUGCGAUAGUGGACAAUGUAUUGACUCAUCCCGUCUCUGUGAUGCAUCAGUUGAUUGUAUAGACGGUUCAGAUGAAUGGGUUGAGAUAUGCUCACUAUCUGAACCACCGAAACGAGGAUGUCCGAAUGGAUGGUCGUGUGUUUUAAAAAACGGAACUAUUGGAUGUUUACAAGAGAAACAACUUUGUGACGGAAAGAAGGAUUGCAUGUCUGGACUCGAUGAGAAAUGUGAUCUACCACAAGGAAACUGCUCGUCAACUAGAAAUUCAUGCGAACAACCGUGGAAUUGUCACCGACAUGCUGGCUUCGAAACAUGUUCCUGUGAUGAGGGAUUCCAUCUGUCUCCAUAUGACAAGAAGACUUGUCUACGAUCGCCUUCAUGUCCAAAAGCGAAUUGCUCUCAUUUCUGUAUUGAUCGUCGGGAUAUCGGGCAUCAAUGUUUCUGUGCUCCUGGCUAUAUUCUUGCUGAUAAUCAGAGAGAUUGUCGAAGAAAUGAUACAAUUGAACCGGAAAUUCUUUUGAUUUAUGGUCAUCGACUGAAGCUUUUCACGAUAAAUGGACACGCAAAAGCAACACUUCUCUCGAAUUUAACGAACGGAGUCGCAUUGGAUUACGAUGUGAAGAGUGAUUUGAUCUAUUGGACAGAUGUAACAAAUAGUGGAAACAAAGCAGGAAUCGUAUCAAUGAGUAAUCAACCAAACACUUAUCGAAUUAUUAACUCUCUUCCAACGAAAGGAAUUGAUGGAAUCGCGGUCGAUUGGCUUGGAAGGAACAUCUAUUACACUGACAGAAAUCACGAUGCAAUUGCUGUUUGUGAUAUGAGAGGUAGAUUCAAUCGAAUUCUUCUCAAAGGAACUCCUCUGAAUGAUCCAAGAGCAAUUGUACUCGAUCCAAUACAUGGACUCAUCUUCUGGACUGAUUGGGGUGCUUCUGCACAUAUUGGAAGAAUGAAUAUGGAUGGAACGAGCGAACAAAUCAUACUGGAAGAUCGUACGAUUCGUUGGCCGAAUGCAUUGGCUGUUGAUACACCAGCACAGAGAUUAUAUUUCGGAGAUGCACACAGAGAUUACAUCGCCUCUUGCAAUUACGAUGGAACGAAGAGAAGAAUUGUUUUAAGGAAAUCUGUACGACAUAUCUUUGCACUGGCAGUGUUCGAAGAUUAUGUUUAUUGGAGUGAUUGGCAUAAUCAUACUAUCGAAAGAGUGCAUAAAAUAACUGGAGAUAACAGAAAAAUACUCAUUCAAGAUAAACAGUUUCGACCGAUGGGCUUCAAGAUUGUUCAUCCAUCAUUGCAAAGUAUGGGAAGUCUGAAAACAGCUAAACAUCCAUGUUCUCAACCCGCUCGAUGUGACAAUCUAUGUAUACCUGCAAAUUCUCCUGAAGAAUUCACUUGUAUGUGUGCGCAAGGAUUCCGAUCAGAAGGUAGAUCAUGUGUUUCUGAAUGCAAGCCAAAUGAUUUUGUAUGCACAAAAACAUACAAAUGUAUUGCUUCGUGGUGGAGAUGUGAUGGACAAGAUGACUGUGGAGAUGCAGAAGAUGAAGGAUUCUUCCUUGAUGGAGUUUGUCCUCCAUUCCCAUGUGAUCCUGGGCAGUUUGUAUGCUCGAAGACUGCUCCAAACGCCACUGCUCAAUGUCUGUAUGCCUCGAAACUUUGUGAUGGAUCGAAAGAUUGCUCAGGCGGAGAUGACGAAGAAGAGAGUUUCUGCGAGAAUUUUGAAUGCACGGAAGCUCAAUUCAAAUGUUUGGACAAAAAGAAAUGUAUUCCACUCACCUCAGUUUGUGAUAAUAAAAAAGACUGUGACGAUGGAUCAGAUGAGAAAGAAUGUGAUAUCAAGAGUUGUAAACCUGACUUCUUUGCUUGUGUCAACGAAACAACAUCUCAAAUAACCAAAUGUAUUCCAAGGGAUUUCUAUUGUGAUGGAGAGGAUGACUGUCCGAAUGGUCAAGAUGAACCAGAUACUUGUUUUGGAAUUGGAGAAUGUACUCAUGAACAAUUCCAAUGUGACAGUGGAAAAUGUAUUCCGAAAAGAAGACAAUGCGAUGGAGAAAUUGACUGUAAAGAUGGUUCAGAUGAGAGAGGAUGUAAAAAGGAAUGUGCAAUUGUAUGUGAUAAUACUUGUAUUCCUGUCAAUGAUCUUUGCGAUGGAAAGUCAAGAUGUACUGAUGGAUCAGAUGAAGAUGAAGACGCAUGUGCCACAAAAAAGUUAUUCGAUAAGCCAGCACUUCGUCGAUGUGGCGGAUUUACAUGUGAUGGAAUCGUUGAUUGUGAAGAUGGAUCUGAUGAAAAAGGAUGUCCGGAUUUGGAAUGUCAUCUUUCGAGCAACGAAUCUCUGAUUUGUGAUGGAAAAAUAGAUUGUGAAAGUGGAAAAGAUGAACAGAACUGUCAAAGUUAUGGUGGCUACAGUAAUCCUUUAUUUCAAUGUUCGAGACAAACGGUUAAAGAAUGGCAAGUAUGUGAUGGGCGGUGGGAUUGCGCUGAUGGUCUCGACGAAUCUCCGGAAAUGUGCGCGACUCGAAAAGCGGGAUGCUUCAGAAUUGGGUUCUGUGAUGACAAGAAACAAUGUUUGGACGUUUCAACUGCAUUGUGCGAUGGAAUAAAAGAUUGUGUCGAUGGAAGUGACGAGGCUCCAGCUCAUUGCAGAGAUAUGUGCAGAGAUAAAUUCAAGUGUACAAAUGGAAGAUGUAUUGAUGAAUUAGCACGUUGUGAUGGAAGAGAUGAUUGUGGUGAUGGUUCAGAUGAAGAUACUUGUGGACUUGAGUGCCAUCAUUUCGGAACAUGUCCUCAGAAGUGUUGGAUUGCAUACAAUAGUACUGCAAGAUGUCAUUGUGCACCUGGAUAUGCAAGAACGAAACACGAUCUGAAUGGAUGUGAACCCCUCUCGAAAUCGACUGAAAUGUUCCUUUCGAAUGGUAAACAACUGCAUUUGAUGCUUGUCGAUAACGCCAGUUUACGAACUGUUUUCAACUACAAAAUGGAUUUGAUUCCUGGUCGAUUUGAUUUCGGUUAUGAUAUGUACCGAACUAUUCUAAUGUAUUCUGUUGGAGUAGGAAACAAUCGAGUUGAUAUCAGAUCAAAGAAGUGGUCGGAAACGACCUUAACGGAUAGAUGGGGAGAGAGAACGGAUGAUAGUACGGCUGGAUUGAUUGCUUAUGAUUUCAUGCACAACAAUGUUUACUUCACGGAAAGCAGUAAAUAUUCUCCUGGAGUUUUAUUCCAUACUCAAGAAAAUAUUUAUAUUUCAAGAUCAAAGAAUACAAAUACUCGAACACUUGUUGUAAAUUCAACGGGAUCCAUUAAUUCAAUCGCAGUUGAUCCAAUCGAAAGACUUUUAUUCUGGACAACCGUGGCUCCGGUUCCGAGAAUUCUAUCCGCUCAUCUUGAUGGAACUCCGCUUUCUCAGCCAUUCAAAACUGGAUCACAGCCUCAUAAAGCACUAGUCGAAAGGAAUAUCUUUGAACCAAGAUCACUUGUUUUGGAUUCACCAAACGUAAGAUUAUAUUGGAUUGAUGGAUUCAAGAGAACUGUUGAAACGGUGUCCUUCGAUGGUAAAGACAGAAGAACAGUGAGAAAAUUCGAAUUAGGAGAUACUCCAGUUUCAAUGGAUCUACUCGGAGGAUAUAUUUAUUUGGUGACAAAUCAAGGAUACAUUCAAAGAAUGCAUAAGUUUACUGGUAAAACCAACAAGUAUCAACGGAGAAUUCGAAACGUCUCUCCACGUAUUCAACUUCUUAUCGCCCAUCCUGCUAAGCAUACGGUAUCACAUAUCACUCAUCAAAGAAAUCCAUGCAAAUCCGAUUAUUGCCCUGCAGAAACUGUUUGUGUUCCAGAAUUAGAUGCUAAUAAAGUAUUGAUUCCGAAAUGCCUCUGUGGAGCUGGAAGAUUCUUCGAGGUUUCGACCAAAAAGUGUUUGCAACUCCGAGAAAAAGAUCAAGAAGCUUCCCAAUGUGGAGACUAUUUCUGCUAUAAUAACGCCGCUUGCAGCUCGUUGAAAAAGUGUAUUUGUCCACCUGGUUUUUAUGGAAGGCAGUGUGAGAUCAAUGAAUGUUCCGAACGCUGUUGGAAUGGAGAAACUUGCGCGAUCAGAGAAAUAGGAUCAACCCGAAACAUAGAAUGCCACUGUCCAGCCAACUAUACACAAAUCGAUUGUGCCACGAAUGUUUGUGAAGGAGUAUGUGGACCACGCGGAUCAUGCAAAACUGUUCCCUGCACAAAAGCAGAACCACACUGUCGAUCAUACAGCUUCUGUGAAUGUGACAAAGGAUGGACUGGUCCGCAUUGUAGGCACAAAGAAAAUGCGAAAAUCUGUUAUGGACACUGCUUUAGUGGAGGUCAAUGUGAUGGAGACAAUCCGUCUAAUUUAAGUUGUGAUUGUAAGCCGGGACUUACUGGAAACAGAUGCCAAAAUUGCAAUAAUCAUGAAUGCUUCAAUGGUGGAUUCUGUGCAUAUGCUCACUCAAACACCUCUGCUCCACAUUGCAUUUGUCCAUCUGGAUUCACAGGUCUUCAUUGUGAAAACUAUUUGUGUAAAGAUGCGUGUCCAUAUGGAUCAAAAUGCUCAUAUGAUCUGACAAAACCAUUGGAUCCUAUCACUUGCUCCUGUGAGAAGAAUGCUGCUGCACACAAUUCAGAUUGUUCCCCAAUCUGCCAAAAAGAACCGAAUUGGUGCCACAAUGGUGGAAAGUGUAUUGAUAUGCCUGGAUAUCCAGGAAAGUGUAAAUGUCUUCCAAGAUUCACAGGACCUCGAUGUGACGUUCCUGUCCAUUGUGAUGACUACUGUACCAACAAUUCGAAAUGUGUGGAAACGAAUGGAACCCACUUCGAGUGUGAAUGUAAACCAGGAUUCAAGGGAUUACGGUGCGAACAAGACACGAAAUGCAGUGAGUGUGAAAACGGAGCCAAGUGUAUCAAAAAACCAUCUGGUACAGUAAUCUGUCAGUGUCCACAAGGUCUUGGAGGAGAGUAUUGUAAUAAGAUAACUGCUAAAACAUGCAAGGAACUCAAAUGUCAAAAUGAGGGAUACUGUUUGGAAUCAGAUUUGGAUGUGAAUCGAGAGCAUCCAUCAUGUGUAUGUCGUCCAGGAUUUCAAGGAAUUCUUUGUGACUACCAUUCAUGUGACAACUUCUGUCAUCACGAUGGAAAAUGUACACUUGACGAAGAAUUUGAACCGCAAUGUGAUUGUUACAAAGCUUUCUUCGGAGACAGAUGUCAAUAUCGAGUCAAAGGAUCCUCAAUUAUUAUAAUUAAUGAUAAAGAUGACCGGUGGGCAAAACCUCUUGUCAUUAUUGCUAUCAUAAUCAUCACCAUAGUCAUUGUUGUCGGAAUACUCGCGAACCGCUCACACAGAUUCGCCGUCUUCCGUCAAUUCCGUCACAACCCACUUCAAAAUCAUGGUGCCCCCGUCGAUCAAUUCAGCAACCCAGCUUAUUUGAUAGAUGAAGGGGGUAUAGAACUAGUUUCACAAAAUACGAGUCUUGUUUCAUCUCACGAUCGAGGAUCGUUCAAUAAUCCGGUUUUUGAGCAAGAAAUGGUUCCGAUCUACAACGAUACUGUCGAGAAUCAAGAAUUGCUGCCAAAUAGAUCUUCAAACUAA